CCUGUCGGUUGUAUAAAACUGAAAAUUCUGCGGCAGUUCCAUUCAAACCGAAUCUGUUUGGAAAGCGUCCUAGUCAGCUGCGCCAAGCGGAAUCCCGUACAAACGUGAAUCUUUUCCAUUUUUUGUGUGUGAAGUAUUAACCAAGGCAUUUAUUCAAGAUGCGUGAAUGUAUCUCCGUACACGUCGGACAGGCCGGUGUUCAGAUCGGAAACGCCUGUUGGGAACUGUACUGUCUGGAGCAUGGCAUCCAACCGGACGGUCAGAUGCCCUCAGACAAGACCAUUGGCGGAGGUGACGAUUCGUUCAACACCUUCUUCUCGGAGACCGGCGCAGGCAAGCACGUGCCCCGUGCCGUGUUCGUCGAUCUGGAACCGACCGUCGUCGAUGAAGUGCGCACCGGUACGUACCGUCAGCUGUUCCACCCGGAGCAGUUGAUCACCGGUAAGGAAGACGCGGCCAACAACUACGCCCGUGGUCACUACACCAUCGGAAAAGAAAUCGUAGACGUUGUGCUGGACCGUAUCCGCAAGUUGGCCGAUCAGUGCACGGGCCUGCAGGGCUUCCUGAUCUUCCACUCGUUCGGCGGCGGUACCGGAUCCGGUUUCACCUCGCUUCUGAUGGAGCGCCUGUCGGUGGACUAUGGCAAGAAGUCGAAGCUCGAGUUCGCCAUCUACCCGGCCCCGCAGGUGUCGACGGCCGUCGUCGAGCCGUACAACUCCAUCCUGACCACUCACACCACCCUGGAGCAUUCCGACUGCGCGUUCAUGGUCGACAACGAGGCCAUCUACGACAUCUGCCGUCGCAACCUGGACAUCGAGCGCCCGACCUACACGAAUCUCAACCGUCUGAUCGGCCAGAUCGUGUCGUCGAUCACGGCUUCGCUCCGUUUCGACGGUGCCCUCAACGUGGAUCUGACCGAGUUCCAGACGAAUCUGGUGCCGUACCCGCGUAUCCACUUCCCGCUGGUCACGUACGCUCCGGUCAUCUCGGCCGAAAAGGCGUACCACGAGCAGUUGUCGGUGGCCGAGAUCACCAACGCAUGCUUCGAGCCGGCCAACCAGAUGGUCAAGUGCGACCCGCGCCACGGCAAGUACAUGGCGUGCUGCAUGCUGUACCGUGGCGACGUUGUGCCGAAGGACGUGAACGCGGCCAUCGCCACCAUCAAGACGAAGCGCACGAUCCAGUUCGUGGACUGGUGUCCGACUGGUUUCAAGGUGGGCAUCAACUACCAGCCUCCGACCGUUGUGCCGGGUGGCGAUCUGGCCAAGGUGCAGCGUGCCGUGUGCAUGUUGUCCAACACCACGGCCAUCGCCGAAGCCUGGGCUCGCCUCGAUCACAAGUUCGAUCUGAUGUACGCCAAGCGUGCAUUCGUCCACUGGUACGUCGGUGAGGGUAUGGAGGAAGGUGAGUUCUCCGAGGCCCGUGAAGAUUUGGCCGCCCUCGAGAAGGACUACGAGGAGGUCGGUAUGGACUCGGGUGAAGGAGAAGGUGAGGGUGCUGAAGAGUACUAAGUGUAAG